AUGAUAGAAAGUGAAGUAAGUUUAAUGAACGAAAUUGACAAUUUAAUAAAUGACAUAGAAGAAGAAAAAGUAAACAAUGAAGAAUUAGAAUUCUGCGUAGCACCAGUAAGUGUGCCAAGGAAUUUUAUAAAAGAUGCAAAGACAAAGGGCAACAAACUUUUUGAUUUUCAUAAAGGUACAACCACAUUAGCUUUUAAAUUUAAGGAUGGAAUAAUAGUUGCAGUAGACUCAAGAGCUUCAAUGGGCUCCUUUAUAUCUUCACAAAACGUUGAAAAAAUCAUCGAAAUAAAUAAAAAUAUAUUAGGGACAAUGGCAGGAGGAGCAGCUGAUUGUUUAUAUUGGGAAAAGUAUCUUGGAAAAAUUAUUAAAGUACACGAAUUGAGAAAUAAUGAGAAAAUAUCUGUCCGAGCAGCAAGUACUAUAUUGAGUAACAUACUAUAUCAAUAUAAAGGCUACGGAUUAUGUUGUGGAAUAAUUCUAAGUGGUUAUGACCAUACAGGUUUUAACAUGUUCUAUAUUGAUGAUGAAGGGAAAAAAGUGGAAGGAAAUUUAUUUAGUUGUGGAAGUGGUAGCACAUAUGCAUAUUCCGUUUUAGACUCAGCUUAUGAUUAUAAUUUGAAUCUAGAACAAGCUGUGGAGCUAGCCAGAAAUGCAAUUUACCACGCCACUUUCAGGGAUGGGGGUUCCGGUGGCAAGGUCAGGGUCUUCUACAUACACAAAAAUGGAUACGACAAAAUUAUUGAAGGCCAAGAUGUUUUCGAAUUACAUUACCAUUACACAAAUCCAGCACAGAACGAACAACAUGUGAUGUAG